AUGCAGCUGCUCCCGUUUGCAUUUGUGUUGGCCGGUUUGGCCAUGGCCGGCUUCGUGCACGCCGAUGCCGACACGGGCACCGAAGACGGGGUCGCCCGCCGGGCCACGGCGACAACACCGACGGGAACAUCGCCGUCGACAUACUCGCCCACGGUCGCGCCCGGCGGUCUCUCCGCCGCGCCCUCGACCGUCCCGACGCACACCAUUGCCGUCGGCGCCACGGGCUUCAGCUUCACGCCCAACAACCUGACGGUGGCUGUCGGGUCCAUCCUCGAGUUCAACUUUUAUCCCGGCAACCACUCGGUCGUGCGCAGCGCCUUCAAGUUUCCCUGCAUCCCCUACGAGGACUCGGGGCCCAACCGCGUCGGCUUCUUCAGCGGCUACCUCGACACCAAUGUGUACUCGCCGGACGGGCCCAAGUUCCGCGUGCGCGUCAACGAUACGGAGCCCAUUUUCUACUACUGCUCGGCACCAAGCUCCUGCAUAUCACAUGGCAUGCUGGGGGUCGUCAAUCCGAACGCCACGUGGACGCUCCAGGUGCAGCAAGAGUAUGCGGCCAAUACGACGAUCCAGCUGGCGCCUGGUGACCCUCUGCCGUCGGAAAUGGCUCCGACGUCUGCUGGGGGUCCCGGUGCGACUGGAGCGUCAGGCGCGGGCUCGUCCACGCCGUCGUCGGGCCUCUCCUCGGGCGCUGUCGCCGGCGUUGUCAUUGGUUCCAUUGCAGGUGUCAUUGCUCUCGCCGGACUCGGUAUUGCCGUCUUUUGCUGCAUGCGUCGCAGCCCGCGCUGGCAGAAGGAGCGCCACCGCCGGCUAGCUGGACUUGGUUAUGGAAACGGACACGAAAAUGGGGGUGGCAGCGGCAGCGGCAGCGGCAGCAUGGGCAACGCGCUGUCCCCGCUGUCGCCCGCGGCCCAUCUUCAUCAUGGCAGCUCGCCCAGCCCGGGCGCCGUCGUGGGAACGCCUCCUGGACAACAACAGAACGUGCAGUUCCACCGGCCGUAUCCGUACGGCCAGUCCCCUCUCCAUCACCCGUCGUCGUCGUACUCGCCGCCGCUGUCGGCCGCCGGGACCGGCCAUGCCCAUCUGCCCAUCUACAACAGCAUGUCCACCAUGGCCACCCUGUCGCCGCUGCAGAGCCACCCAACCCACCCCACCCACGGCACCAUGGGCGCCAUGAUGGCCGGCGGCGGCAGCACGUACAGCACGUACUCGUCCGUCGUGGCCCAGCAGGGCUCGCCCAGUCCGUACGCCGACAAGGCCUACUACCGCACGUCGCCGCCUCUGCCCGCGCCCACGCCGCCGCACAAUUUGCCGUAUCCGCAGCAUCUGCAGCCGCAGCCACGUCCACAUCCACAGCAACAACAACCACCCGCGCCGGUGGAGCUCCCAACAUCGGCUGCAACGCCCGUCCUCGCCCCGUACCACAUCCACGACGACGGCGGUCUGCGUCCUCCACCGCCCGCACCGGCCAUCCCUCGGGCCGAGUCGCCCACCAUUGGCGGCGUCGGCCAGACAUGA